AUGGCCAUCCUCUUUGCCCGCCAUGGCGCCAAGAUCGUCGUCGCUGAUGUCCAGGAAGAGCUGGGCCGCUCCGUCUGCAACGAUCUGACCGCCGCCGGUGGAUCCGCUAUAUUCGUGAGUUGCGACGUCGCCGUUGAAGACGACGUCCGUGCGGCCGUCGACGCCGCCGUGGCGGAGCACGGGAAGCUGGACGUCAUGUGCAAUAACGCCGCCGUCCUCGACUCGGUGAUGACCUCGAUCGUCGACCGCCAGGUGCUGGAGUUCGACCGUACGAUCGCCGUGAACCUCCGGGGGGCCUUUCUGGGCACCAAGCACGCCGCCAGGGUAAUGAUCCCCGCCCGCCGGGGUAGCAUCCUCACCACCGCUAGCGUCGCCUCCGUUCUCGGCGGCCUGGGGACCCCCGCCUACACCAGCUCGAAGCACGGCGUCGUGGGGCUCGCGAAGGCCGCAGCGGCGUCGCUGGGGGGGCACGGGAUCCGUGUGAACUGCGUGUCGCCGGCGUCCAUGCUGACCCCCAUGUCGACCAGUCAUUCAUCGGUACCCGUGGAGACCUUGGAGAAGAUCAACAGCUCCAUGAUGCCGCUCAAGGGCUCGACGCUGACGCCGGAGGACGUAGCGGAGGCGGCUCUCUUCCUGGCGAGCGACGAAUCGAGGUUCGUCAGCGGGCAGAACCUCGUGGUCGACGGGGCGUUAACCACGACUGGUCCGACGCUGGGCAACUCCAAGUUGUUCCCUUCAUAG